UAUUCUCUCUUUUCUUUUCCCCUAGUCAAUUUUUCUUCCUUUGUUUAUCUGUUUGCUUGUUCAACCCCCUUUGCGACUCGUUAGCAGUCGCCGAAUACGGCCCCCCGUUCGCUAUCUACCUAUCCCGGGGCCCCAAAAAACGAGGAAGCGUUCGGCCCUCUUCACCUCCCCCCUUCGCGCGCGCCGGGCGACCUGGGCACAUGAUCUUCAAACUUGAAUCGUAUGCCCUCCCCGAUGUGGAAGGUGCUUUGCACGCUCGUCCGCUAGGCAUUAUCAUAGGCAGUCGCAAUAGCAAAGUCCGCCUGGGGGUGUAUGUGUUUGUGUGUGUGUGUGUGCGUGCGCGCGCGCUUCUGGGCUUCCGGCCUCGUAAGAGACCCGAGUCAGGACCCUUGCUCGCACUGCCAUGCGGCGCCUUUUUCCACCAUCUUUCACUCUCACUCUCACUAUCUGCGGCAAGUGAAGGAGGUGGGGGGGAUCGCCGGAUGGCUGUUGGACACUCCGGUAUUCCUACCGUCUUCCUUCCGGGUGGAGGAGGGCGGGGUCCGACCCAUGUGCGCGUCCUCGUGUUACGGGUUCUCGGACGGAGCCCGCCAAUCACCGUCCCCGGAGCUGAGAUCCGGCCGCCCACAGAGUUUGGGACGGCUCUAGUCGCGAGGGGAGAGAGUAAGACGGGCGCCGAGAAGCUCUCCCCGGUGCCUCUGCCGAGUCAUCCUUACCGUAGGAGGGGGGGGGUCGUGGCUGAUUGCUCACUGCACUCGAUCUGUCUCCCAAUUCGAAACCUCGGCUCCCUGGAGGCUCACCCUCGCUCGAAGAUCGGGGCCUGUAUAUUCCCCGGCUUGCGGACUGAUGCUAACGAUGCUGUUCGAACCCAGUCGCAUUCAGGCUCCGAGAACCAACGAGCGAAGCUAACAUAAUACGAUUUCACUCACACAUCGAUUAACGGGGGGGUAAGGUCGACCGGCUGCUUGUUCUGGAACCCGGACUGCGGAGGUUGGGACGUUUUGUCUCACGUCAAUCGGCGAGAGCCAAUCGCCUACAGACUCCGA